AUGUCGGUUGAUAACGCUAUAUCUGAUGAGGAUGUGGAGUUAUACAGCGGAUUUGGCGCCCUGCCAAUAUCCAGGAACCAAAUGAGAACGAGGAAGAGAUGGUCGUUCGAUAACAGCACACGACCUAAUUUAGUGGAUUUGCCACUGGAGGCAUCGUCGGUGUUAGUUUCGAGAAGAUUGAGUGACAUAACCGGUGUUGACGGGGUGCAUAAGCAGAUUGAUCCUUUGAAUGAGCUCGGAGGAGCGCAGUUAUACUCAACGGAAUCUGGUAGGUUGUUCCACGCAGGAAAGAUCAUAAUUGCUCUUGCUGGAUUACCGGGACGAGGCAAAACACAUUUAUCGGUUUCCUUGACGAGGUACUUGAGAUGGCUUGGGGUAAAAACGCAUUCGUUCCACUUGGGGGAUUACAGACGUGCAACUGCUGAAGAUGACUUGACCCACGACUUGUUUGUUCCGACUCCGAAAAGCAGCAAGGCACAUGUAUUGCGGGAAAAAGCAGCCAAUGAAUGCUUGAAUGAUAUCUUGAAUUUUUUCAAAAAUGACAAGGGUCAGGUGGCGAUAUACGAUGCCGUCAAUGCCAAGCCCGAGUUUAGGUUGCAUCUCCAUCAAAAGUUUUCAGAUCUCAAGAUCCAGCUCAUAUUCAUUGAAAGCCUCGUUACUGAUGACUCAAUUGUGAUGAAAAACAUUGAAGAAGCGGCGAAAUCGUCGCCAGAUUACAACAAUUGGGAUUAUGACUUGGCGUUCAAAGAUUACAGCGAGCGGAUUCAAGCUCUAGCGCCUUAUUAUCAAGAAAUGGGAUUGACCGAUGAUGAAAAACAUUUGUCCUAUAUAAAGUUUAUCAAUUUUGGGGAAAGAAUCGAGCUUCACAACUCCAAUUACGGGUACCUCAUCAACAAAGUGGUCUUUUAUUUGAUGAAUGGUAGGAUUAAAUCGGGAUCUGUGUUUCUCGCUCGUUGCUACAAAAACUCGGUCGAUUUCAACCAAGAUCCGCCGUUGGAUGAGGAAGGUUUGAAAUACUCCAAAGAUUUGACAGAGACGUUGAUUGAGCAUUUGAAAUCGGAGGGCAAGGACUACUUUGAACCGCAUAAGGAUUCCUCGGAUCAGCUGGUUGAGGAAAAAGAAAAAGAAAAAGUUUCGGUGGAGGAAAGAAGGCCCGGUCUGGGAAUGGACGGCGUCGAUGAAAACUCGUUGGUGGUUUGGACGUCGGUGAAGAAAAGAACCAUUGAAACCGCGCUGUAUAUGAAAAAGAGAAUGAUCAACACCAGGCACAGGGUGCAACUAUCACAAAAGAACCCGGGGGUUGUGGGCACAAUGUCCGAGACGGAGAUACAACAAAAGUUUCCCGAGGAAUAUGCCCAGUUUUUGAAAGAUCCAUACCACUACAGGUUCUCGCGAGCUGAGUCUUAUCAUGACUUGGCAAUCAAAAUUGAGCCGCUAAUACUUGAAAUGGAGCGAAUGAGUGGGGAUAUCUUGAUCAUUGCCGAUGAUACAAUUUUGAAGGUCUUUUACGGGUACUUGAUGUCUUGCUCAUGCUACGACAUCCCCGCUUUGAAUUUCAAACAAGACGAGAUAAUCGAGAUCAAGUUCAACGCGUACUCAAACACGGCCAGAAGGAUCAAGAUUAAGGAGUUUGUAGAUAGUAAGGACCUGACGUAA